AGAGCACAGAGUCAUAUUCACCACUGAACCUCUUCCACACAGAACAUGACUCAUCGGGUUAGGGGGGAGAUUUGGCUCCUUCCACACACACAUCUCUGUGUGUGUGUGUGUGUGUGUGUAUGUGUGUGUGGGUGUGUCAGGUUACACCUGUUCUCACCUGUCACACCCAACAUCUUUGAGUGUGAGUGUGUGUGAGUGUCAGGAUGGGCAGCGGAGCGUCGGUCAGCGAAGGAUUGCCGAGGCCUGAGGGACCAGAAGGCAGCGAGUCUGAACCUGGACCUGCACCUGGACCUGCAGGAUGGAGCAACGACACUCUGCAGGCACAGGAGGAGGAGGAGGAGGAAACACCUGCCUGUCACACCAUUGAGGUUCAGAGCGAGGAGAGCGACACACAAGCAGAGGAGGAGGAAGAAAGAGUCACACAAACUGUCGUGAACGCAGCCACGACUGAAACCGCAGCUGAGGGUGAAGCUGAAGUGUCUCUGGACUUUGAGACUUUCCUCCACAGUGACGGGACACUCUACAGCUGCUUCAAUCACCAUGGUGACAGAGUGUACGUCGACGAGUCGCAGAAGCUGCAGCCUUUUCCACAGGAGUGGUACAACCAGGGGCGCUUCGUCACCGCCAACAAUGAGGUCUCCGGUCACCUGCAGACUCAGGCUAGCAGCAGCGAGCCAGCGGUCAGAGAGGACGACCGCACCGGCAGCAUCUACAUCCAGGGCAAAGGAACCGUCAUGACCUACAUGUUCGAGGAGAGGCUGAACGUCUGCAGGUUCUGGGAUCCUCACUCCGGCGUCUGGCUGCUGCUGCCGCUGCAGUGGGAGAUGAACGUCAACUUCAUCAAAUCUCGCAUUCAGAGAGUCAUGUCUGCCCUGCCUGGCCUAGUGGACCAGAAGGAGAUCACGGCGGCGCUGCGCCAGUGCAACUACGACCCCGAGGAGGUCAUCUCCGUCUAUCUCACCAUGUUUGGAGAAAUCCUCCUGCAGACCUCGCCCAGCGGAGACCACAACUACAGCGACCUCAACUCCUUCAGAGCCCUCUUAGAGCGAGACAGAGUGAUUGAAGAUCUGAAGCAGAAUCUCCAGUCAAGAGAGAAGGAGGUGGACAACCUUUUCCAGAGGAACAAUUACCUGGCCAGGGAAGUCUGCUACCUAAAUGACGUGGUCCAGCACCUGAACCAGAAGCUAGCUGAGCUGGAGGCCGACAAGCAGGAGGCCAGAGAGAAGAUCAGGUCUCUCCUGAACCACCGGGCUCCAGCUGUCCCACCUGCCAGAACCGCCACCAAACCUGCCAUGGAUGCCAACCAACUUGGUCAGGUGAGGAGUCUGACCCGUGAGCUCAACGUCUCCAACAAGCAGCUCCGAUCGACGGUUGACCAGGUGAUGACCGACAUGAAGAACCAGCUGGAGCAGAUGAAAGGUGUCGCAGGAAAGUUGACCGAGGUGGAGAAGGUGGCGGCCAGGGAGGUAGAAGAACUGCGCUCCCUCUACAGGCGGGAGGCGGUGGAGAGGAAGAGCCUUUACAACAAGCUGCUGGAGCUGCGGGGAAACAUCCGGGUGUUCUGUCGCUGCAGGAAGAGCUCCGCCUCCAGCUUCUGCCUGGAGACAACAGAUGACCAAGAGGUGGUGCUCGUCCAGAAGGGAAGCAAGAAAAGGUUUCAGUUUGACAAGGUGUUUCCUCAGAGCAGCACACAGGAGGAAGUGUUUGCAGAAACCCUGCCACUGAUAACAUCCUGCGUAGACGGAUAUAACGUCUGUAUACUGGCCUACGGACAAACCGGCUCAGGGAAGACCUACACCAUGAUGGGGGCAAAGCAAAACCCCGGAGUCAACAUCAGGUCCAUUCGAGAGCUGCUUCGCAUCUGUGCAGACAAAGAGAAGGUGUCCUACACUCUGAAGAUUUCGAUGUUGGAGAUUUACAACGACAGUUUGAACGACCUUCUGACCAAAAGUGCCGGUGCGGCCCUCGACAUUCGAGUCCAGGGGAAGACGGUAUCGGUCCCAGGACUGACCCAGACCCGGGUCCAGACUGAGGCCGACAUCCUCAGUGUCAUGGAGACUGGAGAAAAGAACAGAAAAAUCGCCUCGACCAAGAUGAACAUACAGAGUUCUCGGUCUCACCUGGUGGUGGCGCUGGAGGUAGAGGGUUUAGACGAGGUCUUGGGUCGGACGUCUCGCGGCACGCUGACUUUGUGCGACCUUGCUGGUUCUGAGCGGAUCUCUAAGACUGAGGCUGAGGGUCAGAGGCUGGUGGAGGCAGCCGCCAUCAAUAAAUCCCUGACGGCACUGGGACAGGUGUUCGGUGCUCUGAAGAACAACGCUCUCCACGUCCCGUUCAGGAACUCUAAACUUACUCACCUGCUGCAGCCCUGUCUCAGUGGAGACGCCAAGUGCUGCGUGUUUGUCAACGCAAGUCCAGACGUGCGGGACGCCGUGGAGACGCUGAGCACGCUGCAGUUCGGCUCCAGCAUCCGCCAGGUUUCACUGGGCAGAGCGACACAGAACAUCUCACCGGUGAAGAACAAGACCUCGAACAAGUCGACGACAAACUGAAGCUGCAGCAGGUUUUUAUUCACUUCAGUGAGACUUAGAGGAAGCGUUUCUGUUUGAGUCUGUGUGAUUUAAUUCACUAUAGAAGAGUAUUUAUUUACUUUAAGUAAUAAACAUUCAUGACAUAAA